CUUAUUUUGUCUCAAUUUACCGCCAGUGAAUUUUCUAAAUUCUCGACCUCGCCCACACGAAGAUCGAACCUCCGUCUCACUGCGUUUCCAAUUUACUUAUUAAUUUUUGCAAUCUGCCUGGUAAUCACCAUGGCUACACCUACUCAAAAUAUGCCCAUUUUGGAUGUCAUUGAAGGAACCAACCACUUCUCAACGUCCUUCUUCGCUGAGGUCGCGUCAUCAAAUCAUGGCAAUUUGAUCACUUCUCCUCUUAGCGUUUCCAUUGUUCUUUCUAUGGCUGCUUAUGGCGCCCGCGGAGAGACUCAAGACGAAAUGAGAAGUGUUCUCCAUCUUCCACCGAUGUCCCAAGCUACACGUGGAUAUUCAAAUCUUAUCAAAUAUCUUAGCUACGCCACAGACGUAGAAUCUCAUCUCGCCAAUAAAAUUUUCACGAACAAGGGAUUCUCCGUGAAACCAUCUUACGAAAAAAUGAUUGAAGAUGCAUUCUUAUCGAGCUCGCAAUCUGUUGACUUUUCUCAAAGCGCAUCGGCUGCUAAUACUAUCAACCAGUGGGUUGAGGAACAAACUAACCACCGCAUUAAGGACCUCGUCAACUCCGAUAGUUUUAGUAGUUCAACCGUCAUGUUCCUCGUCAAUGCUGUCUACUUUAAGGGUAAUUGGAAGACGGAGUUCGAUCCUAGAUUUACUCAAAAUAGACCCUUCUACGUCAGCAAGACCGAAGUUAAGAAUGUACCAACCAUGUUCGGAUCUGGAAAGUACAACUAUGGUGUACUUCCUGAAUGUAAAGCCUCUUUCGUCGAGCUUCCAUACAAAGGUGAAGAUUGCAGCAUGCUUAUCAUAUUACCCGAUGAAAUAGAUGGAUUGGCUGCAGUCGAAAAGAAAAUGGCACUCCACGGUCCUCACGAAGUUCUCAAGAAAGGAGAAACAACCGAAGUUCAAGUUUACUUGCCUAAAUUCACGAUCGAAAGCUCUUUUAACCUCAAUCAACAUCUUAAGAAUAUGGGAAUAAGAAAGGCGUUCGAAAAAACUGAAGCUAACUUCCAGGGUAUUUCCGACUCUGAUGUCUACAUCUCUAAAGUGGUGCAGAAGGCAUUCAUUGAAGUUAAUGAAGAAGGUACCGAAGCUGCAGGAUCAAGUGGCGUGGAAACAGAUGAUAGAAUUGAUUCCUCCGUACAUUUUGUCGUUCAUCAUCCGUUUUUUUAUGCUAUCGUCAAUAAAGUUGGCAACGGCUCCGAGAGUCCAGUACGCUUAUUCGAAGGUCAUAUUGUUGAUCCAGUUAAUUAAUGCUUACUACUACGGAUCUGU